GUUGCUCGGCCGUGCUAAAGGGGAGCCUAUCGGAUUUUACUCCGCUCGGAUUCCACGGCAAAAAAAGAAAAAUCGGUGGCGGAUCCAGACGGCUUUCUCUUUUGCGAUUGCGUCGAGAAUUCGCUCUAGCUGGACUUUAAGGACAGAAACGAAGAGGAAAGCGUCUUGGAGUCCCCAAGCUGCGGCGGCGACCUGUGAUGGUGUGAUCUCGCCAUUCUGCUGAGCUCAGGCUCCCUCCAUGACAGUGUCGCCCAGCGGCGCCCAGCGGCUCUGCGCAUCGCACCUCAGCGGCGGCGAGCGGGGCGCCAGUGGAGGAGAGGAAUAAGUGAUUUUACCGAGUGGUGGCUGUGUUGGUGGAGGUGGUGGUGGGGGACUAUCGCGGAGAGCUACCAUGGUCGGAAUGGCUCGCUGGAGCUUUUAUGUUGUUUUGAUGGGGCUGCUGAAGCUCGCCUCUUCUUGUCCCGCAUCCUGCUCAUGUAACACCUCAAGGAUCUCGUGCGUCGACCAAGAGCCUGGCAUCGAUGAGUUCCCCAUCCUGGUGCCCGAGACCGACAUGGAAAACAUCACGGAUAUAUAUAUCACAAAACAGAACAGACUAUUUACAAUCACUGAGGACCACAUGAAGUUUUACACAAAUCUCAGGAAUCUAACAGUGACCAAGACUCAUCUAACAUCUGUAUCUUCAAAAGCCUUUGCCAACAAUGCCAAACUUCAGUAUUUGAAUCUAAGAGACAACAAUUUGUCAACACUGUCAUGGACAGUGAUUCGCAACUGCAACAUGUCAACUUUGCUGCUUGCUGGAAAUCCUCUAUGGUGUGCCUGUGAGAACAUGUGGAUCAAGGCCUGGCUGGAGGACAGUGAGCGAGAUCAGCUACAGUGUCUGCAAGAAGGGGGCAGAGUAAAAACCCUCUCUAAACUCACUGUCCCCUCAUGUGAGUAUCCCAGAGUAGAAGUCAUCCCCAAUGUCGUUACCCAGAUGGCAGGGAGUGAUGCAAUAGUAGCAUGUAGUGCCUCUGGAGCUCCAGCCCCUGUGGUCUCCUGGAACGUGAACUCUACUGACCAUCCACCACUUACAACUGCCUAUGAGACUAAAACUUCAGAUUUGCAGUCCAUGCUGACCCUGACAGGUCUGUCCCCCAGUGACAACGGGAGAGAAAUCACCUGUAAUGCAGAGAACAUUGUGGGCCAAAACGAAGCCUCCGUCACCCUCAACAUACGUUUCCGCCCAAUCAUCCUGCAGCUGUACGAGCCUGAGCGGAGCCAUGACUGGUGCAUUCCGUUCAGCGUGACAGGCAACCCCAAGCCUGAGCUGCAGUGGUACCACCAGGGCCAGCCACUGGAGGAGCAGGACUACAUUAAAACACAAAUACAUGAGUCAACAGAGAGCGAGUACCAUGGCUGCUUGCAGCUGGACAUCCCCACACACAUCCACAAUGGCGUCUACACGCUGGUGGCCACCAACGAAUUUGGUGAAGACCAGAAGAAUGUCACAGCACACUUUAUGCACAUUCCUGACGUGGAGCACUCAGGAACAGAUGAGUUCUACUAUGAUACAACUACUCCUCCAGAGAUUCCACCACAGGAAGACAAAGUUGCUGUAUAUGUGGUGGUGGGAAUAGCUGGGGUUGCACUAACUGGAUGCAUCUUGAUGCUGAUCUUUCUCAAGUAUGGAAGAAGCUCAAAGUUUGGCCUGAAGGGUUCCUCCUCAGUUAUCAGCAAUGACGACGACUCAGCAAGUCCACUCCACCAUGUCUCCAAUGGUAACAACACGCCAUCAUCCUCUGAGAUGGGCCCAGAUGCUGUCAUUAUUGGCAUGACCAAGAUACCGGUGAUUGAGAACCCACAGUACUUCCGUAACCCCAGCAGCAUGCUGAAAUCAGACACUUUUGUGCAACACAUCAAACGCCACAACAUAGUGCUUAAGAGAGAACUUGGAGAGGGGGCUUUUGGCAAAGUGUUCCUUGCCGAAUGCUACAACUUGUCACCAGACCAGGAGAAGAUCUUGGUGGCUGUUAAGACUUUAAAAGAAGCAAGUGAAAGUGGGCGGGCUGACUUCCACCGAGAGGCGGAGCUCUUGACUAACCUGCAGCAUGAGCACAUCGUCACCUUCUAUGGCGUGUGUGUGGAGAGUGAUCCCCUCAUUAUGGUGUUCGAGUACAUGAAACACGGAGACCUCAACAAGUUCCUCAGGGCUCACGGGCCAGAUGCUGUGCUGAUGGCGGAUGGGCAGCAGAGUAUGCUGGUGGAACUGACUCAGUCGCAGAUGCUACACAUUGCUCAGCAGAUAGCAGCCGGUAUGGUGUAUCUGGCCUCACAGCACUUUGUUCACAGAGACCUGGCCACGCGCAACUGCCUGGUGGGAGAGAAUCUGCUUGUCAAGAUAGGGGACUUCGGCAUGUCCAGAGAUGUGUACAGCACUGAUUACUACAGGGUGGGCGGUCACACCAUGUUGCCCAUUCGCUGGAUGCCUCCAGAGAGCAUCAUGUACCGCAGGUUUACCACAGAGAGUGACGUGUGGAGCCUUGGGGUGGUGCUGUGGGAGAUCUUUACCUAUGGCAAGCAACCCUGGUACCAGCUCUCCAACAAUGAGGUGAUUGAGUGCAUCACACAAGGCCGUGUACUGCAGAGGCCUCGGACCUGUCCAAAAGAGGUGUAUGACCUGAUGCUGGGCUGCUGGCAGCGCGAACCCUACAUGAGACUCAACAUCAAAGAGAUUCACAAUCUGCUCCAGAGCCUGGCCAAGGCCUCACCUGUUUAUCUGGACAUCCUGGGCUGACCGUCUGUGUAUGUAUGUGUGAGGAUAUGUUUGUCUGUGUGCCAUUGCUUGUGCUUCUGCCUCUUCACCACAUAGACUAAAGGCCUUAAAGUUGAUUGUGUGCGUUUCUGGGGUUUUUUGCCUCCCUCUGGAGACAUGCCCUGCAUCAAAUUGUCCUUUUUUAAUUCUCUAUGUGCCAGAGGUGAACAAAGGGAAUCAGACAGAUCGUUAAUCACUAUUGUAAAUACUCAUCAUGGACAUGUAAUUUCUUUUUGUGUUUUCUCCUCUCAAUGAAUGGAGAAAAGUUCUGCAGAAUGACAAAGAAACAAUGCAACAGUAAGAAAAAAACUGCAAAAAUUAAAAACAGAGGCUCUUUGAUUAGGUCAUGCUUAAGCUUACAUGUGUCAAGGACAAUGUAGACAAUUGUGAACUAUGAACUUUUGUUGGAAAAAAGGAAAACUUUCUUGUGGAUUUAACAGCAUAUUGUUCUCUUUUUUCCUGCCACCAGUGCCAUUUUUAUUUACACUUAUUGGAUUAAGAUGGACAUUACAAGAAAGUUCUAUUUUGGAGGCCCAUUAAUUAGCACAACAUUGUUGCUGUCCUGACCACACUUUGUGAUUAACCUAGUGUGGACUGUGAAACACUGGUGGAAGAACAAUCAUUUAAUCACCAGUUUCUUUUAUUUGUAGCUUGAUUCAUUCAUUUAUGUAUCCACUUGAAUGGGGUUGGUGCCAUUUCUUUUUUUUAAUGUGGUGAAUAUGCAUUGUAUCUUUCACAGUCUUAACCAAGUAACAGAAGCACAGAGACAAAGAGGCACCCAGGAAUCUUUCAUGCUGGAAAGUUGAUGCAAUUCAGUUGUUGCUGUAAGGCUGUUGCACAGGGGACAGGUAUUAAUUCAUCCAUUUUGUUAAUUUACUGAUUCAUCGGUUUCUUUGGUGUUGGUGAGAGCACAUUGGCACAGUCACCAGCAGUGGUGUUCCACAAUGUCCUUGGGCCAGUACAAUGGCUGCCUCUUUACGCAUUUAAGGACUACUUCAGGGCCUUAUUGACGUCUUGCUAACUGGUUCAUGGUUACAGCAAUGACUGCAUCAUAGGGUACUUACUCAGCGGCAAAAAGUGAACAGAUUUGUGUUGUUUCAGCAUUGUCUCCAUGUUAUUUGUUGUAUCUUGUGUUGCCAAUUGGAUGGAUGUUGCCUUUUGGAAGAUUUGUUUUCUUCUUUUUGUUUAGGGGUUAUAGAUCACAGACAUUGACUAUGGCACGACAACCCCCGCUGAAAAGACGGAUUUCAUUUGCACUUAUGAUUUCCCAUAGUUAUCAGUUUUAUAUGAUCGAUUAUCUACUAUGAAAUAACCUUUUAAUAGUGUGUCAGUAAUCUUCUGUGAUGUUUCUUUUUCAAUGUCUCGUGGGCAGUUUCAAAGCGAUGGAUUUGGUGGGCACUGUGACGUAAGCAUUGAUGUGAGAGUGGUAUGAUGGGAACUUGGCCAUCCCUGAGGUCACCUCCAGACAACACAGACCCUAUGAAGGGACAGCCAGGGUUCCAUGUCUGUGUGCUUCAACCCCACCAAAUAUGUGAAAAAAGGAAGAAAUAACUUAUUGCAAGUCACCGUACCAACUCUACAUCUGAUUAUUACACUUAAGUAAAUGAAGCACUAACUUUCCAUAAUACAUAACUGACUUUGACUGACCAACUUCUCACUUGUUCAUUACUACACCAAACUACACUUAUUCACAGCUAGAUUUACCAUUCUAACAUUACAGUAUGGCAAAUUCUCCUGUAUAUGGUUAACUCCUUAUUCAUUCAGUGGAUGUCCUCAUGAUAUCCUUUCUGCUAGUGACAUGCUGUGAGUGGUUUUUCGUGAGUGCAAAGUGACAAAGCUCUGAAAAAGUGUUGCACCAAGUGAGUGCGAAAUCAGAAUGUAAAUAACAUUAGAAACAUUUGUUGUCCUUUGUACCCUGAUGUUGGGCUCUUUCUAAGCUGUCUCUGUAUCAGCGACAUGUAUUUUUUCAGGCAUCCCUUCACAGUGUUUCUAAACAUUUCAAGAACUGGUCAGCACUGGUCAUCUGUGAACCAGUGAUUAUGAAGCAUUAUAAAAUAUCUGAGCUGUAACCUUCCUUUCUGUUGACUGCUCAUAUUUUUGUAAAAUUCAAAUAAUUGUAAGCACUGCAAAAAUGCACAGAAAGAGAUAUAUGUCUUUGAAGAUAUGGUAUUUGUCCAUCAGGCAGAUCCUUUAUUUUAGAAGUAGGAUGUUAUGAAGAGUGCUUUAUUUGAUGUAAAGAACUGAUAUCCAGAUUUCCUUGCUAAAAAAGCAUCAGUUAGCCAACUGUUGGCUAAAUUAGCCCAAACCUGGUUUUGAGAGAAAAAAAUAAGCAAGAAAAUAAUGUAGAAAAUUUGCACACAAUAAAUAUUUGGUCUAAACCAUUAUGCUAAGACCUAAGACUCUGUCUAAACCCAGAUUUUUUAUGCUUCGUUUUUGUGCGUUGACAGACUGACUUAAAAGUUAACUUAAUUGAACAAAGAUGGAUUUUCUUUUUUUUUUUUUUACUUUUUACUAUAGAGAUGUGUCAGCUCUAAAUAGCCAGCCUGUACUUCAUAUACUUCAUAGCCCAUGCUGUACAGUAAAAAAAAUAAAUAAAUAUAUAUAUAUAUAUUUUAUAUAUAUAUAUAUAUAUAUAUAUAUAUAUAUGCAUACACACAAUGUUCUUUAAAAACAGCUGUCAAGACAUGUUACUAAGGAAGGAAACAUUUCUCCUGGGCCACAAGCAACAUGCGUGUAAAUACAAUUUUGUGUGAUAAUGUACUGUAUAAAUUUAUUUCUGUGCUUUUUCACAAUAUAGUGAGAAUAUUUUUGUUUGGAUUUUCUCUAUAAAUCUAACUGAAUUUCUUAUUUACAAACAAAUUAAACCUUAAAAGAAGUAUUACUUUGCCCUCCUUGUUACAAUUUUGUAAGGGCAGGUUGCCAUAAACACAGUUCCAUCUAGGUCAGGACCACCUGUCCACCCCAUUGUCCUUAAAAGUUUAACUUCUAACCAAUGUGUUUAUUCACUGAUGAACUGUGACUGGGCGCUGGAACACUGUAUUACUUUAUCCUUGUUCCUAUUUAAAACAAACAAAGAAAAAUAACUUUUUUUAUUUCUCUUUCUUUUGGAGGUACUCUGUUUUAGCCCAAUUUUGGCUGAGUAUGACUGUGUGUGAGUAUGUGUGUGUGUGUGUGUGUGUGUGUGUGUGUCCGGGGCAUACCUGAGCAUAGUGUCCGUGCGAGAGUGUUAGUUGCAUUUAUUUCUUUUGCUCCUGGCAGACUCGAUCUCUCACUGCUUAGAUAUCAGUAUUCUAUGCUUUGUGCAUCCUGUGAGCAGCUUCUCUGCAGUCAGUGGAAAUGUUCCUUGUAAUACUGUGCAUUUAAUAAAGGUGGUAUGUCUUACAAGA